ACUCCAGCCUCUUUCCCCCCUCCAUCUGGCAGGAGGGACAGAGAGAGAAAGAGAGAGAGAGGGGACCAGAGUGCUCGUGUAUUCACAGGGUUUCGAAUCGGAGGCAAAGGCAGCAUCCCUCCCUCAGUCAGAGACUGUCGUCACGGCGACAGGAGGUGUCUGUUCCACAGCCGAGAGACGGAAUGCGAGACGGAAUCGGCAGCUAGUGGUCGCCGCGGCAACAAGAGCAUCCGAGGUCUUCCAGGAUUCCAUGCAGAAGUGGAGAAGCCAAGGCUGCCGGGGGCUCGAAAAGAGGGGAACCAGGGCCAAUCUUUCAUCCACCACCUCCUCCCUCGCUCCUCCUCCUCCUCCUCCACUGCUGCUUCACUUUCUCUCUGAAGGACAGCUCUGAAUGAACCCUCCUUCUGACGGUGGGCGAGUGUGGCUGAACGGACAGUGAAAGACAAAAAAGAGUGGGAUUGUGUGUGGGAAAGGGGGUGAGAGAAGUGGGGGUGACUGGGAGGAAGACAGCGUGUGUGAGAGUGCGCGACAGUCAGUUGAUGGACGCCACAACAAAACGGGAAGGAUGAUCCGAGCUCAGCCGAGCCGAAAACUGUAUUCCCGUUGUUCCUCGGGAGGGAGGAAAGGCAAACCUGCACACACUUUCUACCACUGACCAGGGGAGAGGUGAGAGCGAGAAAGAGUGCCAGAGACCACUGUCUUAUGAAGUGUAUUUCCACAGGGGCUGGUGUGAUUCAAUUUGGUGUUCUGUCAGACUGUCUCUUUUGGCAGUGGCAGCGGUUUGAAGGGUCAAGUUCUCCUCUUUUAUUCUCUUCCAAUUCUCCCUGGAGCAAAAGACAUGGAAUUUACCUUCCUUUAUGACUUUUGAAGAACGCCACGCUAUUCUAAAAGGGUAACAACUGGAUUUCACCCAGUAUCAAAGGGAACUAGAUUGAGAUCUGUUUUUAUCCGGCCAUUUAACAAAAUGGGUGAGAAAUGUCUCUCUGACCCAGAGGAAAGGAUGCGCCAUUCUGUCUGACACCCCCUGGGGGAUUACUUGUGAAACGUUCAUCAUAACACUUAUUAUCCAGUUCAAGCAAAAGCAGAGUUGGAAUAUUUCAACUUUUGGUUGAUUUUUUUUACUCCGAACACCAGACAAAGACAAAACAUUGCAGAUUUAAAACAAAGAAGCACUUCAUUCAUUCUCUGAAAGAAAGGCAUUUUUGGGAGUUUUCUUUUUCUUCCUGGAUUGGAUUUUAUAAGAGUUCACAGUGGAUCACUUGCUGAUAUAACCCUCCUCGCCAUGUCUUCAUGGAAGAGAAUUAUGCGUCAUAGACAACCAAUUUCCAUCCAUAGUUACCCCGGAGGACUCGCACAUGCACAUUAAACACAUGCUACGCUGAAAUGAGCCACGCUUUUUCCGACUUCCGUUUCUUCAUCCUGGAGUUUGUAUUUCUUGGAUUUAACAGCCUAACCAUCCUUCAAUGAUUCCAGCACCUUCCGAUCCAUUCGCGUCUGUCCCGAGAUGCCCCGAAGUACACAGCAAGAGGAGGCUUGACCCUAGACCCAGCGAGGUCUCUCGGCUGCCCAGGCGUAUUUAAGAUGUUGAACCCUUCCCGUGUGGCCCGAGCCCCAGAUCGGAUCAGUAGCACUGCGGCUCCCGGAGGCCCCAGACAUGGAUCGUGGCUCGGCUCGCCCCUGCCCUCAGCGCUCCGCACCCCGGCCCGUGAGCAGCCUGUGAAGGAUGUCCCAGAGCGGAGCUCCAGCCCGGGAACCCUCUGAGACCCCCAGUCAGAGAGAACAGAUCCGCAGCCACAUGAAGAUGGUGAUCGAGCAGCUGGAAGGAAUCCUCAAGGAGCUGAAAGAUGUGGCACAUGAACUGCGGGAGGUGGUGGGUCAGAUCGACAAACUCACAUCUGAUUUCGACUUCGACCUGGAGCCCGAUGACUGGACGGUGGCGACGGCGAGCAGCACGUCGAGUAGUGAGCGUGGCCUGGGUGAGGCCUUCAGAUUGGACUUCCUCAGCCAGGACAUGCUAUCCGACGGCUGGGAUUUCUGCAACUUCUUGGAGGCCUCUAACAGGAAAGCACACAGUGAGGAGGUGGACGAGGGCCAGGGGAGGCCGUCAUCAACCACACCGACGCCCACCACUGCUAGUGUCUACUCGCAGAUGAACGGGGGUCUUCCUGUCCCCAACGGACCUCUAAUCAUCACCCCAGACUCCUCCAGCGAAGAGGCGUCCAGCUCCACACAUAGCCAGAGAACCUCCCGUACAUCCGGCACCCGAGAGCGCGUCCGCUUCAGCGACAAGAUCCUCUACCAUGCCUUGUGCUGUGACGAUGACGAAGAUGAGGACGGCGGCGGCGAAGAGGAGGACGAUAAAGGGGACUGUGGGACCCCAGAUACGGACAGUGAGCCCAGUCCGCUGGCCUGUUCGCCCAUACCGCCGCUGUCCUCCUCCGAACACCCGCUGGGCCUCUACAACUGCCGGGAGACGGCAUCCGCAGGCCCGUCGCCCGUAAAGGUGCCAGUGCCGGUGGUGGGCUCUCACACACUACCCAGGAAAGGUCUUCUCAACCCAGGCUGCCGGAAAAAACUGUUACGGAACAGCAGCACACAGACGGUUUCGGAUAAGAGCACUCAGACUGUACUGCCCUACAUCCCUGCAAAACAGAAAAACAAGGACCUCUGAGAGAACAGCUGACUUUACAUAUACAAAACAGGAACAAACUGAGAAAGGAUUACAAAGAACUAUAUACUAUUUAAUAUUAAAUACAUAGAUAAUAGAUUAAAAAAAAACAAUAAAUGAAUUACUAAAUAAAUUAUAUAUGGGAAAAUUUCAA